UCCUCCUGUUCAGAGCUAGCCCCUCCCGCAUCCUGUGCACCUGCAUAUAAGCUCACCUGUAGCAUCAGCAGCACAGAUCCUCCGCUAUUCCUCUGGAUCCCACUGUGCCUCUAUCUGAAGAAAACCCUGCCACGCAUCAUGGCCUCCAGCAUGUCGAUGAGGAGCUUCUCUAUGGGCCGUCAGUCUUCCUUUUCCAGUCGUUCUCUGAUGGACACCGGCCGCCCUCGCUCCCGUGCCUCGGUGUCUUUCUCCUCAGCCAGCCCGCUGAGUCGUUCAGUCUCCAUCAGCCAGGAGCUUAACGGGCCAAUGAGCCUGCAACUUAACGGCAUACACGGCAACAGCACCAACGAUAAGGAAGCCAUGCAGAGCCUCAACAGCCGUCUGGCCAACUACCUGGACAAGGUGCGCUCACUGGAGCUCUCCAACGCAGAUCUGGAGAUGAAGAUCAAGCAGAUGAUGCACGAUCGCAUCCCCAAAGGUCAUGACCUUGAUUCCAUGAUGGCCCAAGCUCAUGCUGUUGAGCAAGAGGUGAGGAAGAGGACUUUGGAGAAUGCUCGUCUCAUGUUAGAGAUCGAUAAUGCUAAACUAGCUGCGGAUGACUUCAGAAUCAAGUGGGAGACUGAGCUGGUGAUGUGUCAGUCUGUGGAACGAGACUGUGUUGCUCUGAAAAAGGCCAAGACCGACCAUGAGCAGAUCAUCGCCUCCCUGAGGGGAGAUCUGGACAGCCUGAAAGAAGAGCUGUACUUCCUCAAGAAAAACCAUGAGGAGGAACUGGAGCAGAUGAAGUCUCGUAUUGCCAGAGAUGAGGUGAAUGUGGAGGUGGACUCGGCCAGCGGGCCGGAGCUGGGCACCAUUCUGUCUGGCCUGCGUUCCCAGUAUGAGGGGAUUGUUAAGAAUAACAAGGACCAAACAGAGCAGUGGUACCUCAAGAAGCUGGAAACAGUGCAGAAUGAGGUGAAGGAAAGCAACGAGGCUCUGCGAGGAGCUCAGGGCGAGCUGAUCGAGAGGCAGCGCUUCCUGCAGAGCCUGGAGGUGGAGCUGGAGAGUCUGCACAAACAGAUAGCGGCGCUGGAAGGCAACCUGUGUGAGACGGGUCAAAAAUACUCUGCUGAGAUGGAGCGGCUGCAAACCACCCUGAGCCAGCUCGAGGACGACCUCUCCCAGCUCAGGCUGGAUAUGCAGCGCACAAAGACCGACUACGAGCAGCUCCUCCGUAUCAAGCAGAACCUGGAGAUGGAGAUUGCCACCUACAGGCGCCUGCUGGAGGGAGAGGAGACUGUCAAGGAAGUUCCUCCUCCACCAAAAAAGGAGCCUGAUGUUCGCACCAGGAAGAUUGUGAAGGUGGUGACACAGACGAUGGUCAAUGGCAAAGUAGUGGACGAGUCCAGCGAGGUGGAGCAGAUCGAGGAGACCAAGAAAUAA